AUGAAUAUCAUCACAAAAAAGUAUCUCGUGAUCGAGUGGGGUAAUGAUAUUAAAGACAAAGAACCUUUUUCUUUCUGUAUCAAUGACAAGAGAAUAGAAUUAUCGAAGCACGUUUCAAUCAUGAUUUCGAAAGUUGUUCAUGAUGAAUAUUUACGUGAUAGUUCAAUUAAAACAGUUAAUAAAUAUUUGAAUCUAUCAUGUAACAACACGAUAGACAUCAUUUCUGAAUUUUUGAAAACAGGUGUUCUCAGGUUUGAAAACGAUCGAUCACACAAUCGCGAUUUAUUCGAAUUCAGCAGCACAUUCGGCAUCGAAUACAUAACAAACAUAUUUUGUGAGUUUGUUAAGACAACAUAUCAAGAAAUCAACGAAGAAAGCUUUUACGAUAUCUUCGAUUGUGCAAGAGUACAAAACGAUACAAAUAAGAUUAACGAGUGUAUUUCGUUCUUUGCAUCAAGAAUGUUUGAUCUUGAAGAAGGAUAUAAGAUCAAAACUAUCAAACGAUAUGGAUAUGACUUUUUCGAGAGUGUUUUGAAAUCAGAAUCUCUUAAAAUAUCAAAUGAAGACUCAUUGAUCGAUACAAUCAUGAGUUUGAGUGAAUACAAUAAUUCAUUCUUCUCUAUUGUUGAACAUGUCAGAGUUGAAUUCUGCAACAAUAAUUCUAUCAAAUCUAUCAAAAACUUCUCAGUUAAACACGGUUUCGAAUCUAUCACAACAGAAGUAUUCGAACGUGCACUCAUCAAUCGUUCUCAAAUUCCUCACAAUCUCACACUAUCGAACACAAACUACAUUUAUAAACCAGAAAUAAAUCCACCAAAACUCAAAAUCUCUAACACAAAUUAUUUUAGUCGAGAAACUAUUCUUAAUAAAUUCGAAAUCUCUAACAUCGAAGGACACCACAAAAUUGAUAACUCUUAUGAAAACACAAGAAAAUUAAGAAAUCUGAGAAAGACGAAAGAUGAUUUUGAACAAAUUUAUAAAAUUCUUGAAACAGCAUCAAAUGAAGGAGAUCUUUCAACAAUCAAAUUUGCAGUUGAUGAAAAAUAUUGUGAUGUUUGUGAUCAAUAUGGAUAUAAUAUGAUUCUUGAAGCAGCAUGGCAAAAUAAUUUAAAUCUUGUCAAACAUUUAUUUAAUCAUGGUGCAGAUAUAAGAAGUAGAACUAAUGAUAAAUGGACAGUUCUUCAUUUAUUUUGUUGUUUUGGAAAUCUUGAAGGUGUUAAAUUUGCUCUUAACUACAUCGAUAUAAAUGAUAAAAAUAUUGAUAAUGAAACACCUUUUCAUGCAGCUAUCAUUUAUAACCAUGCUGAUAUCUGUCAAUUUCUUAUUUCUCAACCAAAUAUAGAUAAAAAUGCUAAAAGCAAAGAUAACGAAACUUUUCUUCAAUAUGCAAUACAUCACAAUAAACAAAAUAUUGUAGAUAUCCUUCGCAAAAAUGGAUACACAUAA